AUGAGUGAAACUAGUUUGAUUUCAUAUUCCGAUCGAGAAAUGGAGUCUUCCCUAAAGGAUUUAUUGGAGAGAAUUUUAAUUUAACUGGAAAAAUACAUUGAAACCAAAAAUGAUCUCAAUGAAAUUGAGAAAGAAUUGAAAGAUUAUGAGAAUCUACCCCAAUUAGUCAACAUAAUUAAAGUAGUUUUCACCAAUCUCAUGUUAAAAAUUGACAAAAAAGUCAAGUAAACAAUUUUAUCAUUUAAGAAAGUUAGAGAAAGACGUAGAUCCAAAUGCCUCUUUGAGAAGUUUAAGAACCGAGGAAGAAUACGAAAAAUUGGAGUAAACUGUGAUUAAAUAUGAGGGCGAAAUCAGAAAUCAUAUUAGAGUAUACAUACAUCGUUAUACUCAAAAUAGCUAGAAUAACAAUUAAAAUUGUACGCAGAAUCAAUCCAAGCCAAAUUGGAUGAAAGUGAAUCUACAAGAAACGAGCUUCUUGAAACCACCAAGAAAGUUAUGAAUGUAAAAAAUCUGUGAAUAUUGUUCAUUAGAAUCUCAAAAGGGAAAACUAAAAUUAUUACGAGGAAAACAAUAAAUUGUAAUCUGAUAUUGCAUACUAUAAAUAACGAAUAUAAGAGUACGAAAAUGACGCAUACAAAAAGACAAUUGAAUAAGAUCAAGGAGAUCAUGAAGUUUAGAAGCUUCAUAAGAAUAGCUAAUAGAUUAAAACACUAGUACAAAAGAAGCCUAAUAGUAAAGAAACCAAUAAAACUAGUUCAUAUUCGGAACACAAAUUAAGUAGUUAGCUUCAAGAAAGCACUGACUAUCCAACUUAAUCAUAAGGUUCUUUGAAAUAAAAUUACUUUAAUAUCCUUCAAUAUGGAUAAAAUCAUUAACAGUAAUAAUAAUUGUAAUUGCUAAUGUAAUAACAACAAGAAUAUUAAAAGUCAUUUCAUGGCAAACAUAAUUCGAUAUCCUCAAUUAAUGAUACUAUUCAACAAUAAAUAAUUAUUAAAGAUAAGAAAGGUAACUUAUAUAGUUAUAAUGCAUCUAAAAAGAAUUCUUAAAAUUCUUAAUUCCAUCAAAAAACUAUUUAAUGUAUUAUAUUAUUCUUUAAUUUAGAAACCUUAUAAACUCAACCAAGAAGUAGAAGUGGAAGUGCACGUCGAAAUCUAAAUUAAAAAUAAAAAACUUCUAUCAAUCAAUGA